UUAUAAAAUGUGGGCUGGAGAGAUAAAGAAAGAAGUUGCAACUUCGAUGAUUCAUACAUAUCCAUUAUGUAAGCACAGUGAUAUGCCAGAGGAUAUGAAGCAGGAAGCUAUAGAAACCUGUGUCACUGCUGUGGAAAAAUAUUCAGAGAAUUAUGAGCAUGCAGCUCGCAUGAUCAAAGAUAAUCUGGAUAAAAAAUUUGGUCCACCAUUUCAAGUAGUCGUCGGGGAAGCUUAUGCAUGUGCAACUACAUAUCAAGAGAAUUCACUAUUAUAUAUGUUUAUUGGAGGUAACGUAGCAGUUCUUGUAUGGAGGACGGUUACAGGUUUUUGAUAAAUUUACAUGCAAAAGAUAAAUAUGUACUUUCAAAUACUGUCAUGUAUAUGAAUUUUUCUAAAUAUAUGUUAUGUAUUAU